GUGCACUUGUGGCUGUUGCAGGAGGUGGACGUACGUGAAGGUCCGCGAACUAAGUGUCUCUCGCCAGAUCGAAUCUUAAAUCACUUCCGAUUCCUGAAUUCUAAAAUAGAAAUGUUUUCAUCAAUACUUGAGGCAGCUCUUCGGACGUGAGUGAGUGAGUGGCGAACGAAUGUUUAUUGUUUCUAUUUUGUUGUCGAGUUGCUUCAAAAUAUAUUUGCUAGUGGAAAAUAAAUGUUAAAGUGCGACAUUCGUGAGUGUGUUAAUACCAGUGAUUGAAAAUGAAACGAAAUUCAUCUUUAAUGUCAAGAGACAGUUUUCAGUGAUUAUGAAAUUAUUCAUCAAAUAAUUCUCGAUUACCAAAAACAUUUCUGCAAACACCGACUGUGAGAAGAAACCAUGAAAAAGGAAAGACAUCACUUCCAGUGUCUUUCAGACUUUCUGUCUCAUACACAGUACCUAUAUUUCCUGAUGUGUUUCAUGUCAGCCACAGAUCUGUUUCUGUGAACCUCGGACGUCUUCCGACUCCACAGCAAAACUGAGAAGAAGAAGAAGAACGAUCAUGAAUCUGCUUCGGACGACGACUUCCUUCUUCGCCCUGAUUUCCUGGACCUUCGCUUCCAGAGCGACUGAAGAAGGUUCGAUGGCGGAGGUGUGGGUAGUCUCCGGGGGGAGGGUCAGCCUCCCCUGUGUGCCAAGGCCGAAGGUGCCGGGGGACCAGCCAGUGCUCGUCCUCUGGUACCGCAGAUUCAGCAGUUCCCUGCCCAUCUACAGUUACGACGCUCGUUUGGGAGACUUCUCCAGCGGCGUCAGGUGGUGGGACGAAGUGGUCCUGGGCAGGAGGAGCUAUUUCGUGCCCUCCAGCACGCCCUCGCUGGUGCUCGAACCCACCCACGCCCACGAUCAGGACGUCUACACGUGCAGGAUCGAUUACCGCGUUUCGACGUCCACGACAACCAGAGUCAACCUCACGGUGGUUGUGCCCCCUGGCCCCCCUGUGGUGAUGUGGGAAGGCCGAGAGAUGGUGGGGACGGUAGGACCCCUGCAGGAGAACCAACUGACGGAGCUGACCUGUAGGAGCGAGGGAGGGAGUCCUGCGCCCUCUCUCUCCUGGUGGAAUGAAGGAAGGGAGCUCCCCCUCCUGCUCUCUCACUCCUCUUGGGAUCCUGUGACAGGAACAAGUACCACUGAAGCCACGGUUUCAGUGAAUGCCAAAAGGGAACUUCAAGGGGCUUCCCUGACUUGCUAUGCCCGGAUGCCCUCCCAACCCAGAGCCUCUGGAGAUGCUAGGAUCCUGCCCCGGAGUGUCUCUGUCUCCCUGAGUAUCACACUAUCCCCAGUUGAGGUCCGAAUCCUCGAACAGCAGGAUGCCUUAGUGGCGACCUCAGGGUCGACUGUAAGCGUCGUGUGUCGCGCCCUUGGGUCACAUCCCCCUGCAGAGCUCUCCUGGUGGAGGGGCAUCAGGUCCCUGGAGCCGCACGUCACUCACGCCAUACGAGACGGAGGCAACAUCACGACAGCCACUUUGACAAUCGCUGUGACUGGGGAGGACGACGGAGCCACGAUCACCUGUACAGGAGCGAAUCCUGCCCUUCCACACGAGCCCCUUUCGGACAGAAGGAAGCUCAUUGUCUACUACGAGCCAACAGUGGAUCUCUCCCUCGGGAAACAACUGGAGGCCGAGAACAUCAAGGAGGAGGACGAGGUCUCCUUCGAGUGCCACAUCAAAUCGAACCCCAAAUUCCACCGCAUCGAGUGGUACCAUAAUGGCCAGGACAUCCCUCAGAACGUGAGUGCCGGUGUGGUGAUCAGCGGGCAGUCUCUAGUCCUUCGGAGUGUCGCCAGAAGUCAUUCGGGAACUUACGCAUGUGCGGCCACCAAUGCCCAAGGGCGCACUGUGAGCAAUACCCUUUUCCUGACAGUCAGGCAUGCCCCAACAUGCGGGGGGUCAGCGGGUCAAGAGAGGACCCAGGGGGCAGCUCGAGGGGCGGCGGUGAAGGCCAGGUGCAGAGUGGAGGCCGAGCCUCCUUCAGACUUGACCUGGUCCUGGGUGCGGCAGAGGACCGACGGCAGCGAGGAGAUCCUGUCCCCGGACAAGUACGUCGUCGAGGGACUGACGUCGACCCUGACGGUCGUGCCCGAGAGGAGGGAAGACUACGGUCGCCUCCUCUGCAGGGCGACGAAUGGCGCCGGACGCCAGAAGGAGCCGUGUGUCGUCAACCUCGUACCAGCCGGUCCUCCUGAUACGCCCACGAAUUGCUCGGCCACGCCCGUCAACCCUGACGCCCUGAUGCCAGCCCUUGCUGUCUCGUGCCUGGAGGGGUUUGACGGGGGGCUGCCGCAGAACUUCCUGCUGGAGGCUUGGCAGGACGGAGAGGUCCUCGCCAAUGUCAGUAGCGAGUCUCCUGAGUGGGUGGUCAGCGGAAUGGAAGCGGGGAAAGGAGUCGUCUUGAACAUCAUGGGUCACAAUGCCCGCGGUCGAAGUGACCCCGUCACCAUGAAAGUAGUGGCAAGCAGUGCCCAGCAUCGAUCAGCCCCAGGACUUGAAUCACCUGUGGAAAUCUCCCCAGUAGUUGGUGCUGUUCUGGGAGUUCUGGGUGUGAUACUGGUGUUGCUCUUAGUUGGGGCAGCCCUUGUUAGGCGCACCCACAGUCACCCACGAAAACCAGUCAUUAUCGAGAAGUCUUCAGCCUCACCUUCUUCCAAAGGAUUAGACCCAGAUGUUGUACAGUCCAUAAAGCGCCUGGAUGUUACCCCAUGUGUUCAGGAGGAUCACCCCAAUCAAGAGGCUGAGCCAAUGUUCGCUUACUCUGAGCACGGUCACCCUCUUGGGGAACGAGAAGAACCAGAAGGGGUUCAUGAUAUUUCUGCUGAAAAUAUUGGUGGUGAAGCUCUUCUUCCUGGCCAGGUACAAGUGCAAUCGCAUGAUGAACCUGUGCAACUUCAUCCAUAUGGUAUGGAAAGGGAGAGGGUGAACAUAUCUCACGACCAAAGUGAUGAUUCAGGAGUGUCUGAAUCAGAGUCAGACAACGAGAUAAAGCUCCCUGAAGAGGAGGGAAGCAGUCCUGAAGUUGAAGAAGAUCAGCCUUAUUUUGUUAUGCCCAAUGAGGGUACUACAGGAAGAGGAGGAGACUCACCAUGCCAACACCCAGCCACCAAACGAGGGGUCCCAAAAACAAAAACAGACUUCCCCGCAAAGGAAUUAAGUAAAAAACCCGUAGAUUUUCAUCAGAAGCCAUUACCAAUCCCUUUGAGGGAAGUGCUUUUUAACCCUUCUUCGAGAAUCCCAGGGUCAAGUCAGAGAGUUCCUCCUGCUGAGGUAAUCAGACUGGCUGUCACACCAUCAGGGGUGCUCAAUCCAGCAACCAGUGUGCAACGUUUAACACAUGGUGGGGCAAAGCUGGAAUCUUCAGAUUAUCCAAUAGGAGACACAACGAGAAUUCUCAGGGACGUCGGAGUGCCUGUUACUUUAUACAAAGCAGAAAAUGGGGAACUGCUUCUACUGCCAAGAAGACCCUCUGACCAUGAAGGAACCGGGUUCCAGUUCCCAACAGCCCCAGCUUGCAAAAUGAAACCUCUUCCAAUGGCUUCUGGAAAGAAAGGCGGAGCCAUUCCAGAGACUAGGGUCAAAGGAAUGGAUUCUAGUCCUAUAGGAAAAAACGUGCAGAAGUUACCAACAGUUACUUCAACUAACAAAGGAAAACACAUUGGGCGAAAAGGAUAUGUUCUUCCAGCACAGCCUGAUGUUUGCCGAAGAGAAAGCUCGGUAUAGCGCAGUUCCAGAGUCAAAACCAGAUUUUCCAGCAUCGCCUGCGUUAAAGUCAAUGGGAAAUAUUCUCUCUUUGUUAAUAGUUUUGUUAUAAACUCUCAGGUACCUUCAUGUUUAGGAAAUAAGUAUGCACAAAAUGAUUAAGAAAUAUAAAAGAUUUUUAACUCCCUGUUCAGUUAGUUUGCAACAACCGUUAGCGGAUAUUUGUAAGCAGACUAGAAGUGUAAAGUGAUGUUUGAAAGCGGUUAGUUUUGUAUAUUUCCAAAGGAUGUUCAGGAAAAUGAGAAUGUUUACAAUACCUAACGUAUCUGAAUGAGCUAGUAAAAAUAUAAUUAAUAAACUUUUAGCAAGUAACUUUUCAAAUACUCAUAUAAAAAUAUCUCUUAAGAAACAUCAAACUUAUUUACGAUUAAUUAAUUUUUCUGCGUUAUAUCUACUUGUGUAGGAUAUCACCUUCCUUAUGCGUUGUUACCAAUUAUGUGUUAACAAAAACAAUUUUAGAUAAUUAAAAGUUAUAUUUGUUAAUAUUGCUUGAUAGCUCAGCACCUUUCCUUGAACUACGAUUAAUCUUUAGACCCGUUUGUUUAAAGAUAAAAAAUACGAUAUGUCUGACGUGUUUUGGGGAAAAUGAAAGGAAAUGUUUAGUGUCUUAUUCAUAAUUAUGUUGAAUUUGAGGUAGAUUGUUAAGACUGAAAUGUUAAUAGAAGUCUCAAUGUAUUCUUCAAUCAGAUAAGAAUCUUAUUCUUCUCAGUGCCUAAAAUUUAAUUAGCAAUAUCUGUCUAUAUAUUUAUGUAUCGAUUUAUAAAAUUAAUCUACUCUGCAUUAGACUCAGUCUAAAGAAGAAUACCGCAAGAAAGACGACAGAAAUUCCCAAAGGUCAACGAAAAAUUCCAUCCUUUUGUAAAGAUUUCCAAAACUCCUCAGAUCUCAGGAUGACAAAUGGGGAAUUUCCCAAAAGCCUUGAGUCCCUGAAUAGCGCAGAGAAGAAGUCAUUGCAGUUUUAUUUUUGACAUCGACAAAGGAAGGGUAGACGGAUGACGGCGUUGAGGAAAUAAAUCAUACUAUUUUGGGCGUUAUGUCCGUCUGUCUGUCUGUUAUCCAGUCAGGGCUAAACGGCUAAACGGAUUUAAUCCAAACAAAGCUAUUGGAUGGGGCUUUGAUCGAGGAUGAAUUACAGCCUUAUAUGGCUAUAACCAGACCAUUGGUUUCCUAGGUAUAAUUUUUAUCUAUAAAUUCUUAAAUACUUCCUCAAAUAAAAGUUAAAUCAGGAUAACUGACGUAUACUUUUGCAGUGGCCACGUGGGUCCUUAUAGACACCCAUGCAUGGGUUGCCCACAUAAAUAUUUGAGUAUCCUACGGAGAUGAUAAGUUUCGAGCAUCUCAAAGCAGGCUCAACUUUGGGUUCGAAAUGUUGUUUACAUCGAGCGCUCAUUUGUCUUUCAACUGUCAUA